ACUAGUGAAUAUAGUAGGAUAUUCUAACACAACCCUUGUUUGCAUAGAGAGAGUAGUCUUGAGGCAGUGAAUGGAAGCAACCCCUGAAUCAGGACAGACAAAUCUCUCUGCCAUCUUUGGCUCCGUGCUGAAGCCAUACAGCAGCACCCAGCAGGUAGCAGCCAGUAGUGACAGCAACACUUUCACUGGCAGCACUACCAGUAGCUCUAGUACCAGCACCGCCGUUGCUGCAUCUGUGCCAGCAGCAGCAGCAGCAGCAAAGGGAGGCGGCAGCAGUGAGAUCUUCCUAGCAGCGGUGGGGUAUGCGAGGGUGUAUCGGGAGGACCGCCUCAACUUCACCUCGUAUGAGAUCUGGCAGUGGUUGGAGUACGGGCGGUAUGCGGGCGUCCAGCAUGUGUUUUGGUACGACACAGCGCACUCCAUGGCAGAGAGCCAGGAGGCAGCUCUGGCGCCGUACGUACAGGCGGGCAUGCUGACGUACCACAGCUUCUACCGCCUCUUUCCUGAGUGGCACGACAUCCACUACGAGCAGGACUCCUCCGUCUCGCACUUCUUCAAGACGUACUCCUCUCGUGUGCGGUGGGCGCUGUUCUGCGACAUCGACGAGUACAUGUUCAGCCCACCUGACACGCUGCCCGGCUUCCUACUGCGCUUCCUCACACGCCACGUGGAGAGCGCCAGCAACACCACAGCGCAGGUUCUUGUGCAGAACCUGUUCUUCCAGGGCGCUCCCUCGUGCGCACCCCCGUGUCUGCUCGUGGACGCGUACGCGCAGCGCAGCGCGCACACGGAGGGGCGUGUGGCGCGCACCAAGCCCAUCGUGCGCGUGGCGUCCGUGCGGGAGAGCUUUGCCGGCAACCCCCACAAGUUCUGGAUGAAAGGGGAGGCCGUGGGGGGGGAGGUGGGGGGGGAAGGAGGGGUGGGGGAAGAUCGGGAACAGGGAAGUGAGGCUGGAGAGGGGGUUGGAGAGGGUGGUGAGGAGGGACAGGGAGGCAGCAAUGGGGAGCGGCGAGCGGGGAGCGUGGGGAGAGGCGGGCAAGGGAGGGUGACAGUGGUUGCAGACCCCUCACUGGUGCGCAUGAACCACUACUGGGGCUUGAGGGCUGUGGAUUUCAAGACGUGGCCGCAGCGAGCCAGGGACAAUCUCGUCCCUGAUGCAUCCAUGCAGCCAAUUGCGGAUGCCAUAAGGCCAAGAGUUGCGCCUGCGUGGAAGUGGUGCGUCGAGGAGAAGGCUCUUCAAGAUAUUUACCGUUUGAAAGCAUCAAUUGCAAAUUCAAUUGAGCAGUGCAGGACGCUACAGAUGGCAAUUCAAUGGAUGGAAGCAUAAUCUGAUUGUCUCGUGUCAAAAACUUCCUACACCUCAUACCAAACGCGCUUCUUAUCAGACGCUGCGGUGCUUUGCAGUCACGCGGCACGCCCCUUGCUAGUUCUUGUCCUUGAGAUCCUCGAGGAAGGGCUACAGGCCUCUCUGCCAGGGGGGUCGUGGGCGAACAUGUCAAACAUGAAAGAAUUUGAAAGAUGGUGCAGGAUGUCACAGUGAGAACGAAUAAUGACUAGAGCGCUACCGUAUUCCCCCGUAUAAAGCACCCUAGGGUGGUAACCAAAAUGCCUCUAAAUUUUGAGGAGGGUGUAAUUAGAGGCUAAUUUUGUAUAACGCCUGGGUGUUGUGGAACAUGCGUAUGUGAUAUUGUUUUUCC